AUUGGCAUCUCUUUUUAACUUUUUUUUUAAACAGGACAGAGAUUUCUUCUGACAUCAGAUGUCUUUCUGCUUGACUGAACUGCACCUGUGGUCUUUGAAGAAUACCUUACACAUUGGGGACAGAGACAUAGGGAUCUACCAGUAUUAUGACAAGAAAGACCCACCAGUGACAGAGCAUGGUAACUUAGAAGAAAAGCAGAAGCUGGCAGAAUCACGAGAUUAUCCGUGGACACUCAAAAAUAGACGCCCAGAAAAACUUCGAGACUCACUCAAGGAGUUGGAGGAAUUGAUGCAAAACAGUCACUGUGUGCUGAGCAAAUGGAAGAACAAAUAUGUCUGUCAGCUCCUCUUUGGUUCAGGUGUGCUGGUGUCCCUAAGCCUCUCUGGGCCACAGCUGGAAAAAGUGGUGAUUGACAGAAGCCUGGUGGGGAAGCUCAUCUCCAACUCCAUCAGUGAUGCUCUUCUCACAGACAACUUUAUCAUCUUAUCAUUUUUGACACAAAACAAACUAUGUUUUAUUCAGUUUACCAAGAAGAUGGGUUCUCCUGAUACAAACAAAAGACUGGAAAAACUCUCAGCCUUGGAUUAUAAGAUUUCCUAUUACGAGAUACCUGGCCCAGUAAACAGGACAACAGAGCGUCAUCUAGCUAUCAAUUGUGUUCAGGAUAUAGUUGCUUGCUGGUGGCCACUGGUCAGUGAUGAUGCUUGGCCUUGGGCCCCCAUUUCUCCUGAGAAGGACAGAGCCAAUCUGCUGCUCCUGGGUUAUGCUCAAGGAAGACUGGAGGUUCUGAGUUGUGUCCGCACAGAAUGGGAUCCACUGGAUAUUCGCUUUGGCACCAAACAGCCUUAUCAGGUGUUGACAGUGGAGCGCUCCGUCAGUGUAGACAAAGAGCCCAUGGCUGACAGCUGCAUCUAUGAAUACGUUCGGAACAAAAUCCAGUGUAUAUCAGUAACCAGAAUACCACUAAGAUCAAAGGCCAUCAGCUGCUGCAGGAAUGUUACUGAAGACAAACUGAUUCUGGGCUGUGAAGAUUCUUCAGUAAUUCUUUAUGAAACUCACCGUAGAGUAACUCUCUUAGCCCAGGCUGAACUUUUGCCUUCAUUAAUAAGCUGCCACCCAAGUGGCGCCAUUCUAUUAGUUGGCAGCAACCAAGGGGAGCUUCAGAUUUUUGAUAUGGCUUUAUCCCCUAUUAACAUCCAGCUCCUGGCUGAAGACCGUUCACCCAGGGAGAUUCUGCAGUUCAAUAAAUUCUUUGACAUUUCCAGCAGUCUUGUUCAAAUGCAGUGGAUAGCUCCUCGGGUGGUUACUCAGAAGCCAGAAUGUGGGGACAUCUAUGAUCUCCUCUUCCUCAGGUUUGACAGAGGACCUUUGGGUGUACUUUUGUUUAAACUUGGUAUCUUCACACGAGGACAGCUGGGCCUGACAGACAUCAUUUUCCAGUACAUUCACUGUGAUGAGAUCUAUGAGGCAAUAAACAUCCUGAGCAGUAUGAACUGGGACACUCUGGGUCACCAAUGCUUUAUCAGCAUGAGUGCCAUUGUAAACCAUCUUCUUAGACAAAAACUCACUCCAGAGAGAGAAGCACAGCUUGAGGCAAGCCUUGGAACCUUUUAUGCUCCAACAAGACCACUCCUGGAUACAACUAUAUUGGAAUAUAGAGACGAAAUCAGCAAAUAUGCAAGAAGAUUCUUCCAUCACUUGCUCAGGUACCAGAGAUUUGAAAAGGCAUUUCUGUUAGCUGUUGACAUUGGUGCUCGUGACCUGUUUAUGGACAUCCAUUACUUUGCAUUAGAUAAGGGUGAAUUGGCACUAGCUGAAGUGGCAAGAAAAAGAGCUAGUGACAUUGAUGCAGAAUCAAUAACCUCUGGAGUUGAACUCCUGGGGCCUUUGGACAGAGGAGAUAUGCUAAAUGAAGCUUUUGUUGGCCUAUCUUUAGUUCCUCAAGGAGAAGACAUAUUUACAGAUAACCUCCCUCCCUUUUGUUCAAUCCAUAAACAUAUUAUUCAACAAAGAACACUGAAUGUCUCUUCUAAUAGACAAGUACUUGACGGAAGAAAUGAACUUGAAAAAGACACCUGUGCUGAAUCUUUGACGCCUAAGACCUGUAAUAAAGAAGAGCCUGGUGGGUGUGGAGGUGCUCCUGUGGAGAAGGAGGGCAGAGGCCCAGGAGCAGACAGUGGACAGUGUGCUCUGAGGAUCCUUGGUGGCACUGGGAGAGACAGUUCUCCUUCUCCUUCUUGGAGUGUAUUGGGAGAAAUGGCACUGCCUCUCCAGGAACAAAAGAGCCUGUUGGGCAACAAUGAGCUGCUCUGUUCAUUAGCAUAUGAACAGAGACACCUGCAGAGGACAGGUAACCUGGACACUGGCUUUUUGCUGCACUUCACCAUAAACUUCAAGCCCCUACACAUUUGUGUGACUGCUCUUCUGGGACAAACUGGCACCAGCCACAGCUUGGCCAGACCCUCCUCCAGUGGAUCAGUGUGGGUCCCUACAGCACUAGGUCCCUAA